AUGGCAUGGCGGUUUGGUGCUAGGAUAGGUAGACUAAGACCAAUAAAGUAUGGACUAGGCAGUGGUCUUGGUGGUGGUUUUGGUGCUAGAAGAUUGAUACAAACAGAGUCUAAACAAGUUGGUUCAAGUUCUGGUUCUGCUGGUAAGAAACAAAAUAAGAAUAACAAUGGUCUUUUGAUAACUGUUGGUGUUGCUACAGGUUCAAUCUUUGGUUUUUAUUUCGCAAUGAAACAAACAUUAGCAAACCCACCUGAAUUUAUAUUCCCACAUUCUUCUAAAACUGAUUUAAAUGAUAUUCCAUCACCAAAUUAUGCAAAUUAUAUUGAAUUUCAAUUAGCUAAAGAAAAAUUCAUUGAAAUAUUAGGUCAAGAUUCUGUUUCUGAAUUAGAAAAUGAUAUUGAAACUCAUACAAAGAAUAAUUAUACUCUUCAUGAACCAAAACCUCAUGAAAAACCUCAAUUAAUUCUUUAUCCAACCUCAACUGAACAAGUUUCAGAUAUAAUGAAAAUUGCACAUGAUUAUCAAACUCCAAUAAUCCCAUUUUGUGGAGGUACUUCAAUUGAAGGUCAAUAUAUAUCAUCAAGACAACCAUGCGUGAUCAUUGACCUAUCUAAAAUAAAUCAAAUUAAACAUUUUAAUAAAUCUGAUCUUGAUAUCACGGUUGGUGCUGGGACAAGUUGGUUAGAUAUUAAUGAAUACUUGGAUGAAUAUGGUUUAAUGCUUGGUCCUGAUCCUGCACCUGGUGCUUUAAUUGGUGGUAUGAUUGGUACUUCAUGUUCAGGGACAAAUGCAAUGAGAUAUGGUACUAUGAAAGAAUCUGUUAUUAAUUUAACAGUAGUAUUAGCUGAUGGUUCAAUAAUUAAAACUAAACAACGUGCUAAAAAAACUUCAAAUGGUUAUAAUUUAACAAACUUAUUUAUUGGAUCUGAGGGAACUUUGGGGAUUGUUACUGAAGCUACAUUAAAAUUACAUAUUAAACCAAAAUUUGAAACUAUUGCAGUUGUUAGUUUUAAUUCUAUAUUAGAUGCAACAAAUGCUGUAACUCAAUUAAUAUCUGAAGGUGUUCAAUUAAAUGCAGUGGAAUUAUUAGAUGAAAGAAUGAUGUCAUGUAUAAAUUUCUCUAAACAAACUUCCAAAGUUUGGGAUGAAAAACCAACAUUAUUUUUCAAAAUUGGUUCAAAUAAUUCCAAGAUCCUAAAUGAAUUAAUUAAAGAUGUUCAAAAAAUUAGUAAAAACCAUAAUUAUUAUAAAUUUCAAUUUGCUAAAAAUGAAUCACAACAACAAGAAUUAUGGAGUGCAAGAAAAUCAAUUUUUUGGUCAUCAAUUGAUUAUGGUCGUUCACAAAUUUCUCCAAAUGUAAAAAUUUGGUCAACUGAUGUUGCAGUACCUAUAUCAAAUCUAUCAUCAAUGAUUGAAGAAACUAUUAAAGACACAAAAGAAACAGGUUUAUAUACAACCAUAGUGGGUCAUGUUGGUGAUGGAAAUUUCCAUUGUUUAGUAAUGUAUGAUGAAAAAGAUGUUGAUAAAGCAAUGAGUUUAGUUAAUAGAAUUACUGAAAGAAGUAUAAAAUUUGAAGGUACUGUUAGUGGUGAACAUGGUAUUGGAAUGUCUAAAAGAUCUCAUUUAGAAAAAGAAUUAGGUAUUGAAACUAUUCAAGUUAUGAGAAAAUUAAAGUUAAGUUUAGAUCCUCUUCGAAUUUUAAAUCCUGAUAAAAUUUUUAAAAUUGAUCCAAAAGAUAAUCAUGAUUAA